CAGCUCAGAUCAAAGGUUUCAACCUCCACAGGACUUCUUUUCAUCUUGUCUGUUGUGCUGUCUGGAAUCUAAACCGUUCCAGCUAUGGAUGAAAGUGCCCUCUGGAGCGAUAUUGCCUACUUGGAGGGGAACUUCACCUCCUCCUACCAUGACUACAAUGUCAGUGACGCCUCCUGCCUGCCUUCUGACUACUACGCCACCCAGGCUUUUGAGAGUUUUUUCCUGCCUCCUUUCUAUAGCCUCCUUUUCCUCCUGGGGCUGUGGGGAAACGGGAUGGUGAUUGCUGUCUUGCUUCAUGCCAAAGAAUCCCUGCCUGCGACAGACGUCUUCAUUUUCAACCUGGCCAUUGCUGAUGUCCUCCUCGUGGUGACCCUCCCGUUCUGGGCUGCCCAGUCUGUGCACAGCUGGAUCUUUGGGGACGUCAUGUGCAAGGUGGUUGGCAGCAUGUUCAAGAUCAACUUCUACGCCAGCAUCUUCUUUUUGGUUUGCAUCAGCUUUGACCGGUACCUUUCCAUUGUUUACGUCAUCCGCAUGUACAACAGGAACAAGACCUCCCUCAUCUUCCUAAGCUCCUUGGCUGUUUGGGUCCUCUGCAUUCUCCUCACGCUGCCGGAUUUCAUAUUCUUGACUGCUGAAUUUGAUUCUCGCCAAAACCUCACCUCCUGUACCCUCAGCUUUAGUUCUGGCUCAGCCAAGGUCUGGAUGACCAUCAUACGCAUCUUCAACCAGGUGGUCGCUUUCUUCCUCCCCUUGGUGGCCAUGGUCUACUGCUACACUUGCAUCAUCCUCAGCCUCCUGCACUCCAAAGGGUUCAAGAAGCACAAAGCCCUCAAGGUCAUCUUGGCUGUGGUGGUCGUCUUCUUCCUCUGCUGGACCCCCUAUCACUUGGUUGAGUUGAUGAAAAUCCUGAUUCACCCCAAUGUCCUCGGCCAGGAUUGUAAGUGGGUGGUGAGGCUGGACAUAGCAGAGACUAUCACCAACAGCUUGGGGUCCUUUCACUGCUGCCUCAACCCACUGCUCUACGCUUUCGUUGGCAUCAAGUUUCGGAACAGAUUCCUCGAACUGCUUGAGCGGUGUGGCUGCGUGAGCCAUGCGUUCCUGAAAAGACACGCUAAGCUGUCCAGCCACCGGAAAGAUUCGACUUGGUCCGAAAGCACAGAGGCCUCCUACUCUGGACUCUAGGAGACCUGCUGGUAUCAUACAAGAACCCUCCACCAUCCCAGAAUUUCACUGUCAAUCCACUGUUAGAGCCAAAGUGGUACUGCAUUUUCACACAUGCAUUUCUUUUGUGCCACUGCCAUUGCCAACCAAAUAGGGUUUGCAGGUUUCUGAAAUGCCACAGAAGCCCAUCAAUAUCUAUUUACCCCGGGGGGGGUGAUAGUGGGAUGAGUAUUCACACUGUGAGCAACAAUGCUCCCUCCAUACCACCUUCAUCCCUGAAAAAGCUAUCAUCUGCCUCCAUCCUAGAACAGUGCUGAAUAAAGCCUCUUGAGGUCUGAGCCUCAGUGGAACAAUGUGAUUCAAACGUUUGCACUUUCAAGGUUCUGACAGAUUAUCCGGCAAAAUUUGGAGUUUAGAAACCAUCACAGUUUUGAAUCUUAACAUGCCAGUUACCAUCCAUGAGAAAAUCUCAGUUUGGGGGAAAGAUUUGUUGCUGAAUGUUGUCAUUUGACAUCCUAAGGUGUGUGCAUCCAGGUUUUUGAUUUCCUCUCCAUGAACUCCCAAAUGAAGAAUUCCGAAAUCUUGAGUUCUGAAAUGCACACCCAAGACACUUUAAAUAUAAUUUUUAUUUUUUUUUUAAAUCUGGCGAUAUUCUUUCCACUCCUUGAGCAACAGGAAGUCAGAAAGCGCUCUUGUACUCAUUUCCUGCUUGUGGGCUUCCCAUAGGUAUCUGGUUGGCUGCUGUGAGAAGAGGAUGCUGGACUA